CGAUUCGCAGUGUUGUGAUCCUGCUGCGCAUCGUGCGUUUCGUUCUACGUCUCGCGGUUAACAAGACGUGCCUUGAUCAAUUUACCUAAGAUCGCAUUGUUUUCGAUGGUCGAUUAAUAAUAAAAAGUGCGAUUACACACAAGAAGAUGGGUGAUAACAAUCACUUCGCCGGGGACCCGGUGGAAGAGUUUAAUCUCGGUGAGCUAAGCGGAAUUGACGAUUUACUGAUGACUUGCGGCAAUGACAUCCUCACGAACGAUUUCUUUGGAGACGAGUCCUUCCUGGAUGACAAAAUGAUGAAUUUGUUGGAUGAUUUAGAUGGAAGUGGAACUAUGCAGCAGAUGCAACAAUUACAUCAUCAACAACAAUUGUUAGCACAGCAACAGCAACAAAUGCAACAACAGCAAGUGCAACUACAGAUGCAACAACAACAGCAACCUGUGGUGCAAAUCAAACAAGAAGAAGUCUUUGCACAAGUACCACAAAUGCAGCAACAACAAGUGAAUCAAGUUUUCAACUUGCCAACACCAACAAGACCACUGCUGCCAAAUAUACAACCUGCUAAUACCCAACAAGUUCCCACUGUUCCUAAACCCCUGAAAGCAAAACCAAUCAAAUCUAACCAAACACAACCUACAACAACACCUGCAACAGUGAUCAUUUCAUCACCCAGUCUUCAAACAACUGGUGAUCAAUUGAUUUACUCUCAGUUGAAUGGAAACCCAGUGAUUAUCCAAUCCCAACAGAAGAAGAAACCUCAGCAGACACAGAAUAUUGUUGUACAAAACAUUGGACAGCUGGAUUCUUCAAUACAGCCUGUUAUUUUACAGAAAAUUAUUAAAUCUGAGUCACAAGCAAUUCAACCGACUGUAAUGUAUACAACCCCGCGAACAACAAAUCAAGCUGUGCAUUUGAUAAACACAAAUGGACAACUUUUCACAACUGGUAUACCACUUGUGUUGGACUCUGAGAAAGUUGCAAUUAACAGGAUGCCACUCACGAGUAAAGAACCCAAAGUCAAAGAGGUGAAACGGUCGGCGCAUAACGCGAUAGAAAGAAAAUAUCGCACUUCAAUCAAUGAUAAAAUCAUUGAGUUGAAGAAUAUUAUUGUUGGUGAAGAUGCCAAGUUGAACAAAUCCGCCAUUUUGCGAAAAACAAUUGAAUAUAUUCGUUUUUUGCAAAAUAGCAACGCGAAAUUGAAACAGGAAAAUUUCACGUUAAAGAUGGCGGCGUCGAAAAAUACAAUCAAAGAUUUGUUGGGCGCUGGCGCGAAUACAGAGGAGGUGAAAAUGUACUAUGAACCAAGUCCACCACCUUCAGAUGUUUCAUCGCUUUCGCCAACGCAUUCGAUUCCUGCGAGUCCGGAAUACAGUCAAAUGAAAUAUGACAGUGAUGAUGAACCCAUGGGCAUUACCAAAGGCAUGCUCGAUCAUUCAAAGAUUGCGAUUUGUAUGUUCAUGUUGGCGGUUAUUUCGUUUAAUCCGUUUGGAUUUGCGUUGAAUUCAAUUUCGACAGGCGUACAAGAUUAUACAGGGAGAAAAAUAUUAAGCUUUGGCGAUUCGGAGGGAUUACAAUGGACAAGUGGCGCUUUUCUGCUUUGGUUGAUAAACUUAUUCAUUUUGGGGAUUUGUACCGUUAAAAUGUUUGUUUAUGGCGAUCCGAUCGUACCUUGCAAGUCCAAAGAGGCGCAGAUCUUCUGGCGACACCGUAGGCAAGCUGAUUUUCAUCUUUCACAGGGAGAUAAUGCGCGUGCAAAACAAGAAUUACGCCGUUGUUUGCAAACUUUCGGUGUGACUCUACCCACCUCCCGGCUUGAAUUAAUCACAUCCGUACUCUGGCAACUCUUUCGUCAAGUUACUCACCGAUUGUGGAUCGGAAAAUGGUUGUCUCGUCACACCGGCGGUUUCUUUGCUGAUGGCGUCGUCCGCUACGAAGCGCAGACUUCUUGUCGUGAACUGGCACUGAUCUACCACGCGUUGAAUCAAAUCCAACUCGUUGAAGGUCCCACUGAGUACGGCCAUCUUUCUGGACUGGUGCUCGGCUUGUCUUCGGUGAAUCUAGCCGAAGCUGCCGGAAACAUGCUGCCGCCAUUACAACUGAUUGACAUAUAUGUAGGCGUGGCUUUACGAAUCAAGCACAGUUGUUAUAAUACCGUGAAAGGUUUCCAUCGGUACUAUAUUAAUCUAGCGAAGAAUGCAACCACCAAUACAUGCGAUCCGAUUCCGUCACGUUUCAAGUGGAUUUUCCAAGUUUAUGGAUAUAAAUUUCUUACCACUACGAAUAUCACCUAUGAUGAUUCGGAAGUGCAAGGAGUACCGUUUUGUACCGUGGUGAAUAAAUCUGAACCAAUGGCGUUUGUUAUGAAGUUGUACCGAGAACAUUUGAUUGAAAAAUCCUUGCAGACAUUAGUAGCGCCUGGAAGUAAGAGUAAUGGUGACGAUGAUGCAUCAAAGAAAACAAAUACAACUGAUGUGUUGAAAUAUGUGCAGUCAUUGGUAGAGAAUUUGGAUAAAGAUCCAGGUAGCAUCUUUGCCAAUACCACAUUACAAAAAUAUCAAGAUGAUGAAAUUGCAACAUGGUGGACCAAUGUUAUCGCUUGUUCCUGUUACUGGCUGCUGGGCGAAGACGAAAACGCGGAGAGAUUGUACAAAAACGUCGAGAACAUCCCGAAACAACUGGCGGACAUGGCUGACCCUCUACCCAAAGCAGUAAUCGCAGGUUUCAGAGCCAGGAGAUCUUAUUUGACUGAUCAAGAGUCACACAGAGUUAUUUUGAAGCAGUGUGACAUGGCCGGCCGGAUUUUGGAGGAUAGUCUAACAUUCAACAGUUGCAAAAAGCAGAAUAUCAAAGUUUUAUUGACACAAUUGUUAGUUUGUGACUGGUUGUUGGAAACUCGCACAGCUAUCUGGGAAGACGCCGUGGAAGCUGAUCCAAACAGUGUGCCAGUCCCAGCGCUUAUUUUGACAGCUUUCCAGAAGGAUAUUACUUCACUAAGGGGAAUUGCGCACCAUAUUCCGUCUGCAUUGCCACGAGUUUUCCUCUACGAAGCCACAUCACGUUUGAUGGCUGGUGCCGCCCCAGGGAAAACACAACAACUCUUGGACAAAUCCCUCCGCCACCGCCACUCGAAAGGCAGCAUGAUUUGCGGCAAAGACAAGAAUCAACAGCAGUUGGGCGGGGAGCGGCAGCAUGCCGCCGCUUUGUAUCUCGCCUGCAGGCAUCUCCCGGGGCAGUUGAUCUCCCUACCGGGAGAGCGCGCCGGUAUGCUCGCCGAGGCAGCGAAGACCUUGGAGCGCAUCGGGGAUAAGAAGCGACUGCAAGAUUGUUAUAAACUUAUGAAGACCCUAGGUCCCAAUUCCGUUAGUCCAUAGACUUAUUAAAUAAGCAUUCAUUUCAUAUAUUUUGUAAAUAAUCUUGAGUUGUGUGUAAUUGUAAGUUACUUAAUGAGUGUUUGUGUCCUUGAAAGAAUGAAAUCGGUUCAUUUAUUUUUAUAUUGUUUGCGCUAAGUGUUAUUUUUGAAAAACAAAAAAUGUUUUAAGUUUGUAUUUAUUAAAUAAAAUAGUAAAAAUGAUUUGAAGUGAA